CUUAUGCUCAUUAGUCUUUCACAUAUUCGUUAAUCACCUGAGUUGUCUGCGCAUGAACUCGAUUGUUGUUAGCUAUGGAGCAAUUGCUGAAGAUGUCCUAGUAUUAUUGACCAUUGAAUUGUUUUAUUCUUCUUGUGAAACAGGCUCUAAUUGAUUCUUAAUUUUGAGGCAUUCUCCGUAGAAAUAAUAGAUUAACAGCGUAGUAAACAUAUUGGAGAUUGGUGCUGGUGAUAACAGCAGAGAGCUUGCGAUUUAUUCGGUUUUACCCAUCACAAACUGAAGGUAUUAUAUGUUGCCUCUUGAAAACUAUUGAGUAAGCAGGCUUGAGUUCAAAAGAUAAGCAAAAUGGACUUCAGUGAUGGGUUUGUAUCAAAGGAGCAUCGGGAGCUGCACCGAUCUGCUUCAGAAAGUGCAGAUCCAUUAUCUGCGUCUCCAUUGCCCGUUUCUCCAAGGUCCCAUAAGUUCCCUAAAUCUUCAAAGUCCCCAAAGUCUCCAAAGAUUCAGGGGAAACAUGGAAAAGGAACUCCACUCAAGCAUGAUAGACAUUCACAUUCUGCAGUUGAUGGCCGUCCUAAAAAGGGUGGUUCUGGGGGUAAAGGCACCUGGGGAGGGUUACUUGAUAAAGAUGACAGUUUCACUGCUGACCCGAAUGACCCAAACUUCAAUAGCAUUGAGGAAUGUGAAAAUUCCGAUGCAAGAAAAGAGAGGGUCGAUUUUGAGGAGUACAAAAAGAAAGCUACAAUAGUAGUGGAGGAAUACUUUGCUACUGAUGACAUUACCUCGACUGCAAAUGAACUUAGAGAGCUUGAUAGGCCUACAUACAGCUACUAUUUCGUAAAGAAGCUUGUCUCUAAGGCGAUGGAUAGGCAUGAUAAAGAAAAAGAAAUGGCUGCUGUUCUUUUAUCUGGACUAUAUGCUGACUACAUUGACCCCCCACAAGUUUACAAGGGGUUCUGCAAAUUGGUAGAAUCUGCGGAUGACUUCAUUGUGGAUAUACCUGAUACAGUUGAUGUCCUUGCACUGUUCAUUGCCCAAGCAGUGGUUGAUGACAUACUUCCUCCUGCAUUCUUGAAAAAACAAAUGAACUAUUUACCCAAAGAUUCGAAAGGGAUUGAAGUAUUGAAAAGAGCUGAAAAGGGCUACUUAGGAGCCCCACUCCAUGCAGAAAUCAUUGAGCGGCGAUGGGGAGGUAGCAAGAAAAUGACUGUGGAGGAUGUCAAAGCUAAGAUUAAUGAUUUGUUGAUAGAGUAUGUAGUGAGUGGUGAGAAGAAAGAGGCGUGCAGAUGCAUCAAGGAUUUGAAAGUUCCUUUUUUUCACCAUGAAAUAGUUAAACGAGCUCUUGUAAUGGCAAUGGAGAGGUGUCAAGUUGAAGGCCAGCUACUAGAUUUGCUGAAAGAAACUGCUAAAGAAGGUUUAAUAAACUCAAGUCAAGUAUCAAAAGGCUUUAGUAGGAUGAUUGACUAGGUUGACGACUUAUCACUCGACAUACCAAAUGCACGGGGUAUCUUGCAGUCAUUGAUCUACAAGGCAGCAUCAGAGGGCUGGUUGUGUGCUUCAUCUUUGAAAUCACUCUCUCUGCAACCAGAAAAGCGAUCUUUAGAAAAUAGUGUUGCCAAAGUUUUCAAGACGAAGGCCCAAUCUAUUAUUCAAGAGUACUUCUUAUCUGGGGAUAUCUCAGAAGUAAACAGUAGUCUAGAGUCUGAGAAUAGUACUUGUUCACCUGAGUUGAAUGUUAUCUUUGUUAAAAGAUUGAUAACUCUAGCAAUGGAUCGGAAGAACAAAGAGAAGGAAAUGGCAUCCAUUUUACUGUCAUCCCUGUGUUUUCCAGCUGAUGAUGUUGUAAAUGGGUUUGUGAUGUUGCUAGAAUCUGCAGAUGACACAGCUCUGGAUAAUCCAAUAGUUGUUGAAGAUCUUGCUAUGUUUCUCGCUAGAUCUGUGGUGGACGAAGUUCUAGCCCCACAGAACUUGGAAGAGAUUGGAAGUCGGUGCUUGGCACAAGAGUCAAUUGGGAGCAAGGUCCUUAAAAUGGCCAAGUCAUUGCUAAAGGCUCAACUUUCUGGGGAGCGGAUAUUAAGUCAUUCUCAUAACCUGGCACAAACACCAGACUUUUCAAAACUCCCAAAUCUCGAGGAAUUGAUUUUGAAUGAUUGUGAGAGUUUGUCCGAGGUUCAUUCAUCCAUUGGGAAUCUUGAAAGACUUGCUUUGAUCUUCGAAAGUGGUCUUUCUACGCUUGAAACAUUGUGUUUAGAUGAUUGCACAAACCUACAUGCAAUCCCAAAUUUACCAACAAGUUUAAAAGUCUUGCGAGCGGGUUUGUGCACUGCAUUAGAAACAGUGCCAGAUUUUUCAAAAUUGUCGAAUAUGAGAGAGUUGUAUCUAAGUCAUUCCUGCAAACUCACCGAGAUUCCGGGCUUAGAGAUGUCAUUAAACUCGAUGACAAGAAUUCAUAUGGAAGGGUGCAUCAAUCUCACUGCUGAUUUUAGGAAGAACAUCCUUCAGGGAUGGACUUCUUGCGGAUAUGGUGGCAUUUUUCUCAAUGGAAAUUAUAUUCCUGACUGGUUUGAUUUUGUCAAGGGUGAUCCGGUCAGUAUUCACAUACCUCAAAUUGUUGGUCGCAAUUUUAGCGGGUUGACUCUGUGCUGCAUAUACUCUUCAAAGACACAACGUGAAGGUCCUCUCGGCAUUAUCGUUAGCAAUAAAACCAAGCGUACUGCUUUGCUCGCCCGGAUAACAUAUGCCUCGGUACCAACUUCCUGUACACUUGAUGACCAUUAUCUUUGGCAGGGGUAUAUAUCGAACUAUGUGCUAAGUUUGCAAGGAGGGGACAAGGUCGAUAUAGUUGUAAUGCCUGUUGAAACUGAAGAUGCUUCUGUGAGAGUGAAGAAAAUAGGGGUUAAUCUAGUAUGGGACAAAGAGAUGAAGGAAAAUAUGCAUGAUUCAGACUUUAAUCUCUAUGAUUUUGGCCUACAUCCGGUUUGGUUCUUGGGAGCUGAUGGGUGUGAAGGAUUCAGUACUAGAGAACUGAAGAACAAUUACUUGGACGUAGCCAUACACCCAGUUGGAAUAGAUUCUCGUGUGCAAGAAAUCAGUAAUUAUUUAGAUGUUGGAGGAUCAAAUGAUGUCCGUAUCAUUGGAAUCUGGGGUAUGGGCGGACUGGGUAAAACAACGGUUGCAAAAGUAAUUUUCAACAAAUAUCAGCACAUGUUUGAUGGUACAAGUUUUCUUCCAAAUGUGAGAAAAGAUGAGGAACUGGUUGAUUCACAAAACAAACUUCUUUCUGAUAUCUUGAGAUCGGGAAACAUGAAGGUUAGUAGGAUCUAUGAAGGGACCAAGGAGAUUAAAAGAAGACUUGGCAACAAAAGAGUACUUGUUAUAGUAGAUGACGUAGACCGCGAUGCACAGUUAGAUGCAUUAGCUCUAAGGCAUGACUCAUUUGGCCCAGGAAGUAGAAUUAUUGUAACAACAAGGGAUCAACAUUUGCUAAAGAUACUUAACGUGGAGGCGAUUUGUCCUUUGCAAGAAAUGAAUAAAGAAGAAGCUCUUGAGCUAUUUAGUUGGCAUGCCUUUAGAAAGAAUUAUCCUAAUAAAGAGUACAUUAAGCUCUCAAGAAAAGCUGUUGACUACUGUGAAGGUUUGCCACUAGCACUUGAAGUCUUAGGUUCUUAUCUACGUUCAAAAAGCACAAGGGGAUGGGGAACUAUACUGCAUGAAUGGAAAAGCUCACAGCCUUAUAGGGUAAUUCUGGAUAAUAUUAAGACAAGCUAUGAUAGGCUAAAUGAUCACCUGGUGAAGGAUGUAUUCCUGGAUAUAGGCUGUUUCUUUAUUGGAAUGAACAAGAACGAUGUCACGACAAUAUUGGAUGGCUGUGACUUAUAUCCACAAAAAGGAAUUCGAGAACUCCAAGAUCAAUGCCUUGUAACUGUUGAUACACAAGGCAAUCUGAUGAUGCAUAACUUGAUUCGAGACAUGGCCAGAGAAAUCGUACAUGCACAAUGCCCUGACCAUCCUGGAGAACGUAGUAGAUUGUGGAAUCCUGUGGAUGUAAUAGACAUAUUGGUGAAACAAUCUGUAAGUACUUCGGCAAUCAAAUCUUAUGUUAAACAUGAACUUCAUUAAGGGAUAACUAUGUGC